AUGAUGUGGGACCUGGUCGAGUCGAGGGUGGAGCUGCAGGGCUACCUGAACUUCACGGCGGACCUCCCGUACUGGAUGAAGCCCGAGAACACGUACCGCGUGAUCUACAUCCAGAGCCAAGCGUCGUGGUUCGUGCUGACGGGGCGCGACUUUGUGGUGGACGCGCACAACACGGGGGGGAUCAUGGGGAACGGGCAAUACUGGUGGUCGUGGUACGGGAACGGGACGCGGCUGGACGGGGACGGGCGGCCGGUGUCGCUGACGGUGUGGCGGGCGCUGCGGGCGACGAUUGCGAAUUUCCGGAUCGAGAGCCAGCCGUUCUGGAGCAACGCGGUCGUGGAGUCGAAGGACAUUGUAUACGACGGGAUGUACUGCAACGCGACGAAUGCGGACCCGCUGUACUUCAAUCAGAACAUCGUGUGGAAUACAGAUGGGAUCGACACGUACCGGUCGGAUAAUGUGUCGCUGCUGAACUGGGACAUCACCCUAGGCGACGACUGUAUUGCGGUCAAAGGGAACUCGACGAACGUGUAUGCAAAGAACAUCACUUGCCACGGGGGGACAGGAAUUGCAUUCGGCUCGCUGGGCCAGUACCACCAGCUCUACGACAAUGUCGAGAACAUCACGCUGGAGGACGUCACUAUGGUCCGUCCUGACCCCGCCAUUCAGCCAUACAUGGAGCAUGGUGUGUACUUCAAGUCGUGGACCGGCACGGUUAUCGGCUUCCCGCCUGAUGCUGGUGGGGGAGGGCCCGGCACGACCACGAAUGUCACCGCGCGCAACUUCAGGCUUGACGAUGUGACAUACCCCAUCCAACUGUACCAGACGAACUCUGGGCAUCCCGGAGACGCACCGUCGCAGUACCGAUUUGGCAACCUGUCAUUUGUAAACUUUACGGGGACGGCGUCGACGGAUCUGGUGGUGGACAUUGAAUGCAGCCCUGCGGCACCGUGCGGGGGGCUGUCGUUUGCAGAUAUAAAUGUAACGGUGCCAAGUGGCCAAUCGGCACAGACGAAUUGCUACAAUGUUGUGAGCCAGGAAGGGCUGCCUGCGUGUAAUACUGAUGGCCUUGUGGCUGAGAACUGA